CGGUACAGUAUCAAUCGAGCUUCAGUUCUCUAACUAGAACAUACACGGAACAACGGGAAGAUUCGAAAUGCUGCGCGGUAUCACGGUGCUAGCGGCUGUCUGCCUUAUGGUAGGGGCCAACAACAUCCCGAAGCUCGUCCCGGACGAUCACUACGUGAACCGUGUGGUCGGUGGACAAGAGGCAGAGGAAGGCUCGGCACCGUACCAAGUAUCGCUGCAGGUUGCGCUUUGGGGCCACAACUGUGGAGGUUCCAUCCUAAGUGAACGUUGGGUUCUCACCGCAGCUCACUGUCUCGUUGGAACUGAUGCGGAAGAGCUGGAGGUGCUGGUUGGUACGAACAGCUUGAAGGAAGGAGGUCAACGGUAUAAGGCGGACAAGCUACUCUACCACAGCCGCUACAAUAGCCCUCAGUUCCACAAUGACAUCGGUCUGGUGCGUCUGGCAACUCCGAUCAAGUUCUCCAGCACUGUCAAGAGUAUCGAGUACUCGGAGAAUGUGGUACCGGUAAAUGCUACGGUGCGAUUGACCGGUUGGGGACGCACCAGUGCUGGUGGUUCGGUUCCCACUAAGCUGCAGACCAUCGACCUACGUACGCUGAGCAAUGAAGACUGCAAGAAGAAGAGCGGUAAUCCGCGCAACGUGGACAUUGGCCACGUUUGCACGCUGACACGCACUGGUGAAGGUGCUUGCAAUGGAGAUUCUGGUGGUCCGCUGGUGUACGAAGAUAAGGUUAUCGGAGUUGUGAACUUUGGAGUUCCGUGUGCGCUCGGGUAUCCGGAUGGAUUUGCCCGCGUCUCUUACUACCACGAUUGGAUCCGUACAACCAUCCGCAACAACUGAACGGUUUGGAUAAACGAACGCAUCUGCACUACGAACGAAACACUAAGAUGGAAUGAAUUAAUGACAAUAAAAUGAAACCCACAACUUAAUUUCUUAA